AUGAGAGGCCAGGAGCCGGAUGAAGGAAUGUCGCGGGACACCACGACUAAUUCCAAAUUCGGCGGGACGAAUGAGAGGGAUUUUGCGCAGACGCAGGCCGCGGAGGCGUCCGACACCUCGCCUCGUCGCGGGAAGAAGCGAUACAACGUGACGGUGUUCCCCCACUUCCGCGAUCGUCUUGCGUGUGACCCGUUGAAUUUCUUCUGUGUGUACGCGAAUCACGACUACAGGUGGAGCGAUACCGCCGCGGAGGCGGAACGAAGCAUCUUUGCCCUUGUCGACUCCAUGGUGGCCGCCGUCCGCAAGGCCUUUAACGAGGCCCUACAACGCUUCAGACAUAUGCCGACCUUUGUGCAGCAGGCACAUGCACUUCGCUGCGUCAUUGCAAUUCCAGCGGCGCCCAUGGCGAGCACAAUGUUGCAUCUGUACUCGCAUGGGGAGGGUGUUGCGCACCAUCUAAUGUGGCGCAAAAGUGCGGCGUCCUUUUCCUCCACGCUUCCCGUUGCCGGCUCACGUAACGAUGUGAACGCCACUUCCAGUAGCAGUGUUGGACGAAGUACGUAUUCACGCGGGAUAUCGCAGCGCGCCGCCCCCCGUGACCGAACCGAGGAGGAAGACGAGUCCAUUCUAAAGAGUCUUCUGCAGCAGUGGGACCCACCUCAGAAUGGCCCAAAGUGCCGUAUUGUGCUGGACAUCAUUGCAUCACGCAAAACCCUCGGUGACGACCCACCCAACAGCGAGCCUUAUAGGCUGGGACAGAAAGUCUUUGGCUUUGUCAAGAGGAAGUACCCGCAGGAGGUUAUGACCAUCUUCGUGGGUAUCAGCGACAGCGGCGUGACGCUUGUUGGCAGAGAUAUUCUUUACCCGUUCCGUAUUACUGGCGCUGCGGGGUCAAAGCCGAAUACGACGGCCACCGCUCUUGAAGGUAUUCGAAGCAAUUUAGCUGGCACACUCGCUUCCACGUCCCCAUUUGCCUCCGUGGAUGCGUUGGGGGUGGCAGCAUCUAGUAAUGUGGCGGCGAUGAUUUCAGGACUCGAGCAGGUGCUGGUAAGCACCGUUCCCGCACCGCGGAUGGUGACAGCACCGCCUGCGAACACUGACAAGGUGGACAACGUGAGGUUAGUUGUGUGCUUCCCGCCGGCGGAUAUCACAGGUAGCGUGGCGUAA